AUGAGUAAGUUUAGGGAUAAAAGACCUCCACAAUUAGUUGGAAUACAUACAGAAAAUACUUAUGAUGAUGCAGCUUUAGAAGGUGUUGCUGCAAAUGUGAAGUUACUAUUGAAAUUGAUUCAAGAUCACAAGAAUGCCUGUAAAACACAGAGAAAUGAUGGAAGAAGAAUGUUAAGGGUGGCUGGAAUGAUGACCAUCCUUGAAAUGGUUCGAACCAGGAUUCAAAAAUGUCAAUCUUUUGGCACCAAAAGAUCCGAGCUUCUAAAAGUGAGUCCAGCCCAGAGCCCAAAAGACAAACGAUUAAGCGACCCAAUAAUGAUUGACGAGAAAGAGAAGCUAAGAAGAGAGCUCAGUGCAAGCUUGGCUGCACGAAAAAGUCUUGAAAUCAUGUGCUCGGGUUUGGGAAAAGAAAAGGAGAUAAUGAUGGGAGAAUUAGCGAAAAAAGCACACGAAUUAGCGGAAAUGGAGGAACACAUCAACGACUUGAAAGCACAGAACGAGACUUUACUAGAAAAAGUGCAGGAAUGUGCAGAAAUGCACAAAGAUGAAGAGAAAGAAACACAAGGAAACAUGGAACUUCAGGAGCGUAACAAGUCAUUAUCGAAACAAUUAUUGAAAUCGCUCGAUGAAUAUAGAUCAAUGAAGAGGAAGUUAAAAGACGUGCACGAAGAGAAUAUGGCAAUGCAGGCAACAAUGGAGGAAAUGGGAGUCAAAGUCAGUCAAAGUCUAGAGAAGAUUCGAAGCUAUAGACAACAUUCGACGACAGAAAGCGAUGAAAUCGUAGAUAUUGAAGAAGGGAUUUCAGAAUUAGAGCAUAUGUUCAAAUGUUUCGAAUUGAAUGAAAGAAAGCAUGGAAAAAAGAGUGGUGAAACCGUUCACCCAAAUAGCAAGAUCAGUUCAUGUAAAACUGUUAUUUCUUGA